AUGAUACCCAUGCAGCAACAGCAGGAGCAACGGCAGCAGCAGCAAGACUCUGGGUGGAACGACCAACAAAGAGAUGAGUUGAGGUUGCCAUCCGUCGAAGAAGAGAAGAAGACUUCCACAGCAGCCGUGCAGCAGCAGCUGCUGGAGCUGCUGGAGCUGCAGCAGCAACUGCAAGCCGAUGCUUCGGGUCAGGGUAUAGAGCAGCAGCAACAACAGCUGCAACAGCAGCAGCAACAGCGGGGUCCUUGGGUGUAUGAAAACUUAAAGAGACUGCUGCCUCCUCAGUUGUCGUCGUGGGUUGUUAAAACCGCGAAGGAAAACAGCAGCAGCAGCAGCGACAGCAGCAGCAGCAGCAGCGACAGUAGUAACAGCAGCAGCAGCGAGAACGGCAGCAGCAGCAGCAGCAGUGAGAACGGCAGCAGCAGCAGCGGCAACGGCAACAACGUUAGCUGCAACAACAACGCGUGCGCCAACGGCAGCAUCAGCAGCAGCAGCAACAGCAACAGCAACAGCAGCAGAGAAGGCCCCCACCUUGUUGCAGCGCUUCGCGAGUUGCUCUUAGCAGUUGUUAAGCGCCAAGCAACAACCAACAGCAGUACAGUGUCUGCUUCAGAAGGUGCAGGAGCAGCUGCUUCAGUAGAAGCAGCAACAGCACAAAGGGAAGAAGACACGGCAGCUACCCCACAGCUAGGGUCUGCAGCUGCUGCAGGGGCUGCAACUGCAGACACCGCAGCACCGAUUCGUGCCUCGUCAUCUGGGCGAAAGAAGCAACUCAAGCAGCAGCAACAACAACAGCAGCAUCAGCAGACGCAGCAAGCAGUUACUUCUCGCGGACGACCUCGUGUGCGCUCUUCCGCUGCUGCUGCAUCACCGUUUCCCCACCAGCAACAACAGCAGCAACAGCAGCAACAACAGCAUCAGCAGCAGCAUGUCGAGGGAGAAGGUGGCGAUUGGUUGCUGCGAUUCUCACUGCUGUAG